AUGAGUGGUGAUAUCGAUACAGUUACUUUGUACGAAGAAUAUAGGUUAAUUGAGAGAACUGAUCCGGAAAUAAAUGGCGCCUGGAAGGGAGCACACCUCCUCCUGUUCUUCCUGUCCUUCGUGUUCGGCUCAUUCUGCACGUUCUGCUUCCACGUGCUGAUGUACUUGUUCGACGACAAGUGCGUGCUGUUCCCGAAGCUGCUGUCCAUCCGCGACCUCCGCCGGAGCAGCAGCACUAGCGGAAUCAUACUCGACUUUAUUGCUCACAAGGAUGUCGACGCGUUGCCCGUGGACUUCGUGACGACGCAAUGGGUGGACAAGAGCGUGUGCUACUUGCCGACGUACGUGCCGCUAGUGUCCGGCAUCUGCGGACUCGUGUGGACUACCAUGUUCCUCAUGUGCUCCUCGGGCAGCCGCACUCUUACCGGACUUCAACGCCCAUGGCGGAUCCUUCCCUCCGUGUUUAUAUUCUCCCUGGCGAUGGCUGGGCUCUGCAUCUACACGUCCAUCGUCACGCAAUAUGGCCUGCAAGAACUGUGCACCAAACUUGGAGAGAUCACUGGCAGUAGCACUUGCACAUACACGAUAAACGUGGCAACAUUGGCGUACGAGCGGCGCAUACGCGGCGUGUACCAGGCGACGCGGCUGACGAUGCUGUCGGCGUGGUUGCACACCGCAUGUUGGGUGGGCGCCGCGGCGCUUGCGCUGGCACGCGUCAUCCUCGUCGUCGACUUCCGACUCGUGCGCAUCCGGGCCGACCUCCGCGGCAACGUUGAGAAGAUGCUGGAGCGCCACGAAAAGCACAUACGUACUGAUGAGUUCUGGAACAAAGAAGACUACACAACUGCCAACGAAAUGUUCCGGACUUUAUCCAACGAGUCCGUUAAAGUUCGUUUUGUCAACAAGGGUUUUGGGACGGACGCCUAUUUCAAACUAUCCGAAAGCACGGAAACUUUACACUACUUUUCUCGAAAAGAGAACUACCCUUCACAAUUGUCAUUGCUUCCCGAAGAAAAACUCAGAUUGCACCUCCAAAACGCAACCAUAAACAAGGAACACAAAUUUAUAAUGAAAAUGCUGUAUGACCUAGUGGAAUUGAUCAGCGUAUCAGCUGAAAGCAUCCUCACACACGGAAGUGGCUCAUUAUUAUCUGAAACUGUACAACGACAAUACGGAAAGCAAGUAAUCGAAGAUGUAAAAUCAUCUGAAGACAUUCCAUCAAAUGUCUCUCGCUAUCGAGGCGUCGAAGUUGAAGAUAAAGAAGCCAAAGAACUUGCCACAACAUUUAGGCAACAAUUAGGAUUGAAGCUACAACAACUGCCAUCUGACAGUCCCAAUACAGCUCAGUCUACAUUAGUUACUCCUUCUACCUUAACACCGUACGAAUCUUAUUUGAAUAUUACCCCAGAGUUAGAAAUAGCCUUAGAAAAAGCAAAGGAAAAGAAAUCAAAUUUAAAAAAUAGAAGCACUCAAACGGAUCCCGUGAAAAAAACUAUUUCUCAAAAAGUACAAAUUGCAUCACCUAAUCCAUCUCUUAAAACUCUCAAAGGCGAGAAGGACGACAAUAGUACGGACAGCGACGUUCCAAGCCAACCGUCACGAGGAACAGAAAAGAAGGUGUCAAUGGCAACACAUAUAACUGUGUUACAAGAACCAGGACUAAAACCUGUUCACGAAGAAUUGAAAGACGAGGACAUGAAAGUAAAGUUUGGGGAGUUUGUAGCUGGUCCGUCUAAACCAUGGCAUGAAAAGGCACCAGACAUACGCGAUGAGCGUGCGCAAAUUGAGAAGCAACCUGAAGAUAAAAAAAAACGAAAGGAAGAUGAAAGCACUCCAAACCAAUCUAAUGAACAACGAUCAGUUGAUAAAGCUCGUCGCAAGAAAGAAAAGCAAGAUUGAAAAAGCUAAUUAAUUAUUUAUAAAACCAACUGCUAAAUC